GUGCAGCAUGCUGGAUCCGGAGGGCAGUGUGGAGCACCAGCCUUCCCCUUCCUUCCCCAAACUCCUGCUCAUCCCUCUAGCCAUGCUCCUCGCAAUUGCAGCGCUCCUGCUCUUAGCCUUUUCCGCCACGCGGCAGAAAGAGCCUGAUUUUUACACUUUCAAAGUUGUAAACAUCAGGGGCAAGUUAGUCUCCCUGGAGAAGUACAGGGGCUCGGUGUCGCUGGUUGUCAAUGUUGCGAGUGAGUGUGGAUACACAGACAGCCACUACAAGGCCUUGCAGCAGCUGCAGAGGGACCUGGGCCCCUACCAUUUCAAUGUGCUGGCCUUCCCCUGCAACCAGUUUGGGCAGCAAGAACCAGACAGCAACAGAGAAAUCGAGAGUUUUGCACGGAAGACGUACAGUGCCUCCUUCCCCAUGUUCAGCAAAACCACGGUCAGCGGGGCUGGAGCAAAUCCUGCCUUCAAGUACUUGAUUGAAUCUACAGGAGAAGAACCAACCUGGAACUUUUGGAAAUACCUAGUGGACCCCAAUGGGAAAGUAGUAAAGGCCUGGGACUCCACUGUCACCGUGGAAGAAAUAAGACCUCACGUUACAGAACUCGUAAGAAAAAUCAUCCUGAAGAAGAAAGAUGAAUUAUGACUUUCAAAAAUCCCAGCAUGCCAGUUACAUCUCUGUUGAGAAUUGGGACUGGACUUUGUCUUUUCACAUUCCAAAAGGGAGGAUAUGGGGAAGGGGAAUUAGGACCAGCUGAAUCUAGAUUCACCAUCCUAAGAAUGUAGACAGCAGCAAGUUAGCAUGGGCUAAGUAAUUGAAAUUUUUUUCUCCAACUGAAUUCAGUUUGACCUUUCUGGAAAAAAGAAAUUCUCAGUAAUUGUUUCUUCCCCAAUUCAAAUUAUUCAUUGUGGGCAAUGCUAUAGGAAGUCAGUUCGUGUACCUGUAGGAAGAAGGCUCAGAAUAAUGAGAAUUUCCUAACUGGGAUCUCACUGAUAUCUACAAUUUUGUUGUUAUAUUUUGAUGGCAAACAGAAUAAAAUCAAGAGUAAAAA